AUGUCAGGUUUGGAAGGCGUGAAACAGGUUAAGAAGUUUUUCUAUCACAUUCCAAUCUCCGUGCUGCAAGAAAUUCUCGGGGGUUUGAAUCGGAAUACCCACACUGUAGGCACGGUAGCCGGUUCUAGCUCCAGACCUGCUGGUGCAUCUUCGUCCGUCCCUGUGUAUGAACCUCCGGUCGAGCCUGUUGCCUCCCCUUCGUUCGCUGUUGAUCUCAACUGUAGUGGAGGCGGCGAGGUUGGAAUAGGGGAUACUGUGCUGACCUCUUUACAGUGUGCUGCACCGGCUGGUCUGGGCGAAGCAUUGUUGGAUGAUCCAGACGAUGAUGAUGUGGAGCCGGAUAUCAUUACUGAUGACAGUGGUGAUGAUAUUGGAGCGAGUGAGCCAGCUGGGGCGGGAGGUGGUUCUAGCUCUGGCACACAGCAGUACCUUCUGCACUUUUUAUCUUUGGACUUGGAAGCCAUGAUACAGGUGGGGGCUCCUGGGGAGCCUACUGGAUUUGGUGCUAGAGAUGCCGAAGGGUCUACACGUCUGACAGAGUUUCAAGUUGGUCAGCAGUUUCAGGAUAAAGAUGAGGCUGUGUUAAGUGUGAAGACAUACAACAUCCGACGCGGGAUACAGUACAAGGUGGUAGAGUCUGACUACCACCAGUAUGUUGGGAAGUGUUCUGAGUUUGGGAAUGGGUGCACAUGGUUGAUUAGGCUUAGUCUCCAGCAGCGCAAGGGCAUUUGGGAGGUCAAACGGUACAACGGACCACAUACGUGUCUCGCGACGUCCAUCUCCAGUGACCACAGGAGUCUGGAUUAUCAUGUGAUCUCGACUUACAUCAUGCCAAUGGUUAGAGCUGAUGCAUCCGUCAGCAUUAAAGUGCUCCUGAAUGCGACGGCAGCACACUUUGGGUUCAGGCCGAUGUACAGGAGGGUUUGGUUGGCGAAGCAGAGGGCCGUUGCCCACAUCUAUGGUGAUUGGGAUGAGUCGUACAACGAGCUCCCUAGGUGGGUGUUAGGAGUUCAGCUGACAAUGCCUGGAUGGAACUCCAACAUUCUGCCUGUUGCAUUUGCACUAGUUGAGGGUGAGAAUGCUGAGUCGUGGUCCUUCUUUCUCUCCCACCUGCGUCAGCACGUGACACCACAGCCAAGUCUGCUGGUUAUAUCGGACAGGCAUAACGGCACGGCAUCAAGGCUGCUUGAGGCUCCGGACGGAGGAUGGCUACCUCUAGCUGCCUACCGUGCAUUCUGCAUUCGACAUGUGGCAGCAAAUUUUGCCCUGACCUUUAAGGGCAAGGACGCAAGGAGGCUUCUUGUGAAUACAGCCUAUGCUAAGAUUGAGGUGGAGUUUGAUUACUGGUUUGAUAUUCUGCGCUCUGAAGACCCUGCCAUGUGUGAGUGA